UCUAAAACGCCAAAACAAACACACUUUCAAAUAAAAAAUCACAAAACCCUUUCACCAUGGCCGGAAGAUCACUUCCGAUCAGUCCGUACUCUCCGGCGACUCGCCUCCGACCACCGGACACACCGUGCCGGAAACCUAUUUGCUUCAAUUCGAACUCAAACUUCGAAUAUCACUUCCGAUUCUCUGGCGUUCAUGUGUUUCCGAAUCGGUUAGGGUUUGAGAGGAGUCAGGUGUGGAGGAUUAGAUCGGAUGUGAAAUCAGAACCUUAUGAGGUUUCGAAGUCAGCGCCUGGAGCGUUUAAGUUUAAGGAGAAGUUAGGUUUUGGUGUUGGUGUUGGAGAGAGGGAAGAAGAUGGAGAUGAGGUUGUUGAGGAUGGUGUGAUGUGGUGGGAGGAGUUUCCGAAGCGGUGGACGAUUGUUGUUUUGUGCUUUUCCGCUUUUUUGCUGUGCAAUAUGGAUAGAGUAAACAUGAGCAUUGCUAUACUACCAAUGUCAUCAGAGUUCCAUUGGAAUUCUACAACUGUUGGUUUGAUACAAUCAUCAUUUUUCUGGGGCUACCUUUUAACACAGAUUGCAGGAGGCAUAUGGGCAGACACUGUAGGUGGGAAACGUGUUUUGGCAUUUGGUGUAAUAUGGUGGUCGGUAGCUACAGUUCUUACGCCAAUUGCUGCAAAAUUGGGAUUACCUUUCCUACUCAUAGUGCGUGCGUUCAUGGGUAUAGGCGAGGGUGUGGCUAUGCCAGCUAUGAACAAUCUUUUGUCGAAAUGGGUUCCUGUUGCAGAGAGAAGUAGAUCAUUGGCUCUAGUAUAUAGCGGAAUGUACCUUGGGUCCGUCACUGGCCUUGCAUUUUCACCGUUCUUAAUACAUUCCUAUGGAUGGCCCUCGGUGUUUUUCUCUUUUGGUUCUCUAGGGACAGUGUGGGCUGCAUUAUGGUUAAAUAAGGCUUACAGUUCACCACUUGAAGAUCCUGAACUACGUCCGGAAGAAAAGAAGCUGAUAUUUAAAAAUAGAGUUUCUGAGGAGCCUGUUAAAAGUAUUCCUUGGGGAUUAAUUUUAUCAAAAGCCCCUGUUUGGGCUUUAAUAACUUGUCAUUUUUGUCACAACUGGGGAACAUUUAUUCUCCUCACAUGGAUGCCUACUUACUAUAACCAGGUCCUGGGCUUCAAUCUGACAGAAUCUGGGCUGUUCUGUGUAUUGCCUUGGCUAACUAUGGCAUUUUCUGCAAAUCUUGGAGGAUGGAUAGCCGACACACUUGUGAGCAAAGGAUGGUCUGUGACCACGGUUCGAAAGGUAAUGCAGUCAAUUGGAUUCCUUGGACCUGCAUUUUUCUUAUCUCAAUUAAGCCAUGUUGACUCUCCUGCAAUGGCUGUUUUUUGCAUGGCGUGUAGUCAGGGUUCUGAUGCAUUUUCACAGUCUGGCUUAUAUUCAAAUCAUCAGGAUAUUGCCCCUCGAUACUCUGGGGUGUUGCUUGGUUUGUCUAAUACCGCGGGAGUCCUAGCUGGUGUCUUUGGCACUGCAGCCACUGGUUACAUCUUGCAACAUGGUUCAUGGGAUGAAGUAUUUGACGUCGCAAUCGGGCUAUAUUUGGCCGGAACAGUGAUAUGGAACCUUUUUUCUACGGGUGAGAAAAUAAUAGACUAAAUUAAAUAAGUUCUAGUUUGUCACCCGUAAUGAAGCGAAUUAGAAUCGACAAAUGGGUGCAACCAUUUUUUGAGGCUCAAUAGAAACAAUGAUGAUAUGUUUUCCCAAGCUCAAAAGAUGACUCUUUGGCACACACAAACGGAGAGGAAAUGCCUUUUCACGUAGCAGGUGCAAGGAUAGAAAAAUAUAGGAAGAUUUAGACACAUUUUGAUAGAAUUUGUACAUUAUAUGAUACUAAUACAAUGCAAAAGUAUUUCACCAUUUAUGAAAUAUAAUACCCUUCUGUAA